UGCAGCAGGGAGUUCAUUCCUGGCUUAUGUUUUGCCAGGAAGCCAAGAUAAUACUCCCACCGACCUUGAGUCUAAACUGUGCGUAUCUGCACUUGUCUCGUAAUUUUUGAAAGAAACUUGGAAACCAACAGAGUUCGUUUUCUGUUCUUCUUCCCCAAGAAGGCUACAGUAUUUACAUCUACAGUCCAGCCUGUGGCGGUAGCCUAGCAACAGGAAGCAAAAACAAAAUUCUCGUAGUAGAAGAAGAAAACCCGGAAGCGCGGCGGAUGUUUUGGGAGAGAGUCGGCAUUAGCUUAACGUACUUUGCUGGGAAUUACACGCUUAUUUCUGUCAAAUCUGCUUUAAACCUUUGAUUUAAUGUUUGCAGUUUUCAGGCAGAAAAGAAGAAAAAAACGAGCAACUAUAUUCUCUUCAGAAUUACCUUACGAGGAGAAUGUCUAAAAAGUCAAAGAAGAAAAGGCGUAAGUCGUCUUCAUCCUCAAGUGACGAAGAUGUAAAGGAGUCAAGGGAACAAGAUGCCACAAAGUAUCGCAAAGGUGUCAAGAGGAAGCAAGAUGAAAACUGUCAGGGGAGUUGUGCAAAGGAACAGGACCAGUCUGUUUCGUCUACUCUUCACUCCCAAAGCACUCGCCAGAUCAAAAAACCUGUCUACAGGUUGGAAAAAACUCGAGCACCAGAGGAGAAACCUGUUAAUAAGGAGGAACACUGCAGAAAAUCAAAAGGAGACCCUGUGCCUUUCCACGGGGAAAAGUGCUCCGGUAAAGCGAAAAAUUACACUUCAGGGAAAGAUAAAUCCGUCAGAGAAAGUAAAACUGUGGAAUCGGGACCUUCAAAAUCCGUGCACGCUGCUAAGUCAGGGAGGAAGUCAGGGAGGGCUCAUAAGAGUACAGAGAAGACGCGCAAAGGCAGAUUAGAUAAGAAGUCUCCCCAAAAGAGUUCGCCCAAAUUAAAAAAGCAGCUGAUGAGUCCCAGUUUAGUUUCUGCUGAACAGGACGAACAGAGUCACGAUGUACGGAAGAGAAAGUGCUUCGCUGAGGAAACACCAAAGACUAAAGAUGACAGCACCACUGUCAAGACCAGCGAAGCUAGCUCGUCUUCUAUCUUGGGGCAUCCUUCACAUCAAAAAACAAGGGAGCUGGUCAAACAGAUGUGCCAGUGGUUUGAAGAAACCAAGUCAAAAAGCAAAACGAGCUCCCCUGCAGACUCAAAAACGUCCUCUGCUUCUACCUCAAAAACGUCUUCCACUGCAGCCAAGCCCACUACGGCAGAGAGUAGCUCAAAGGUGUCGAAGAAUGUCACGUCACGUAGGACAGCUCCGUUGCCAUCUAGCUGGAAACAAAUAAGCUUUGUCAUACCACCUGUGCCUCCUAAAUUCAAGAUACCAAAAAAGGUUCAGCCAAAACCAGUCGAAAGCAAAGUUGCGAGUAAAGACGCCGUCUCCGCAACCAAAAACCUCAAACGUGACGCUAAAACUUCAGACUCUGGGGUUUCAACGAGCAUGUCAAAGCAGGAAACUGUCCAACAGUCCCAAAGCUUUUUGGACGUUACCCCUAAUUCUGAAGAAAAGAGCCCAUCUGUAUCCAACCUGCCCCAAGCCACCAGUGACACCAGAACAGAGCCGUGGUACGACGAGAUGCAAGUGGUUGAAGAGCUUCACUUGGCCCGUUCUGAGAAGAGACUGGAGCUGAAUGUUCUGCAGAGCUACGGGGAGCUCACCCGCAUGGAUAUAGAUAUUCCCGAGGAGAGACCUGCAGAAAAACACUACCGACAGACGCCUCAGCAAGGCCUCAUCCUCAUACUGGACACCAACAUCCUCCUCAGUCACCUGGAUUAUGUGAAGAAGAUGAGAUUUCAUGGCCUCGGAGGUCUGGGCUUCCCUCUGGUCUUGAUCCCCUGGGUGGUUCUUCAGGAGCUGGAUUCUCUAAAAAGGGGCAGGGGCCUCUCCGGUUCUGUGGCCCACCUGGCAACUCCCGCCAUCUCCUACAUACACAACUCUUUGAAGAGCCGGGAACCUCACCUCUGGGGCCAGUCCAUGCAGCAGGCCGCCGAGAGUUGCAAUGGUCUCAAUGCCGAGAACAACGACGACAGAGUGCUGCAGUGCUGCCUGCAGUACCAGAGCCUGUAUCCAGAGUGUGCUGUCAUCCUGUGCACUAAUGAUAAGAACCUGUGCAGCAAAGCCCUCCUGAGUGGGGUGAAUGCCCUCAGCAAGAAUGACCUGGAGGCGGAGGCAGAAAGAUCCAGAGGUGGCCCCCACAACGUGCAAAACAUCCAGGCUCCCGUGCUGCCUCGCAUCAGUCCCCAGAUCUCUCCGGCACUGCUGAGGAGGAGCUGUGCACCGGCGCAGCCGCACGGCCAAGAGAAAACGUGCCUCUCUGCGGCGCUCGCAGAGAAAGGCUGCAAGCAGCUCAGCGAAGGAGACGAGGAGGCGACAGAAUGGGACCUCGGCAGAUGUGUUUCUAAACUAGAAGACUGCCUGCGGGAGGUGCUGUCUGAUGUGCUAGAAGUGGAGAUGAAGGCUGCUUAUGAAGGCCUCUGGCUAGAGAUAGUAUACAUUAAACCCCCCUGGACUCUUCAGGAUGUCCUGCAGUGUGUGAAAAAGCACUGGAUAGCCGUUUUUGGACACACCGUCCCCCGGAGGCACCUGCAAACCGUUUUAAACCUCAUCGACUUCUUCAGGUCAGGUACAACAGUGGACCGCAGCGCUACCUCGGCGGCCCUUCAGGAAGCUAAGGAGCUGGUGAAAGCAUUUCAGAAAAGUUCAGGCCGCGUUCCCCGUGCCAUCUCCGUAAUCAACGGCAUUGUCGCUCAGCUACAACCUCAGAAGCGACCCCCUUUGGAAGACGGAGAGCCUCGUGAUGUUAUCAUGAACGAUGACGAUGAAGACAGACAACCUGUGUCAGCUCAGACGUCUCACAAGGACGUCUGGGCCGUGUUCGAAGGCCUCUGGUCCAACGUGUAUCAAAUAAGCAUGGAGGUGUUCAAAGCUCUGGGCUUUGACCCUCACACCAUGCAGAGCGCUCAGCCGGUGGGAGGUCCUCCGCCACCACAGGACGCUCUGGCCUGUUUGCACAAACUGUCCUCCAUGGUCUCGCAGCUGCUCCAGGCUUUCAGCAGUGUCCUGUGCUCAGCCCCCGGUUUGGAAGAAGUCCAGUCACUCCUCAGCGUCUUCCAUUCCAAUAAGAUCCUUAACGAGGAGUCACCGUUAACUGCAAAAGACUUCCAUGAUUGUUUCUCACAACCAGAGUACAGGGAGAAGCUCAGAGUUGGAGGGAGCCAGCUGAUGGAGCUGCGAGACGCCUUGGAUCGCUGUGUCCAGGCCACGCCCCAACGCUCCACCUGACUGGACCAGCGCCAGGUGCCUUCCGAAAAAUCGAUGCUUGCUUACACUAAAAGCCACCAGUUAAGGGCAUGUCUGCUCUGAUUGCGCCUCCAGGGACUUGGCCAGCUUUAAAACGGCGUCUUGCGAGAGAAACAGAGACUAUGAGUGAUGAAUGGAUGUCAAUGGGCGGUCUCCGUCAUUCUCAGGGUGUAUCGGGACGUGUUUUACUACUGUACUCUUUUCAAAUCACUCUCAUUUUUGCUUCGCCUCUCAUAUCUAAUAAUCCCUUUUUUAUCCUUCAGCGAUAUCUAACCUGUAAAUGUUCAUCUACGUACAAUCCUGCAAAAUAAAGUGACUGAAAUUUCAGCUGUGAUCCCGGUAAAAUAAAGUCCCCAUCUAACCACAACUAUGGAAAUAAACCAUAGUUCUACUAGAGGUCAAAAACCGUUUAGCAUAACACAUUAGCUCUUUAACAAAAAAUAAAACAGGUCAUUUCACCCUACUUUGGCCCCAGCUUUCCCAUAUUUAUUUAUUUUUUUAUUGGUCUACAUUUUAGGAGAAAAAAUAAAAUAACUAGCAGCAAAAAGGCAAUAAUUCUAGCCCUCUAUAAUUAAGUAUAUACUAAUUUAACAUUCAAACACUGGCUUUAAAUUAUUAUUUUUUUAUUGCUUGAUCAUUUAAUUUUUUUAAUGGUUUACUUUGACAGUAAACAACACAUGCUUUUGUGAGUUUUAGUUGAAGGAAAAUGUAAAAAAAAAAAAAAAACUAAAUCAAAAUGAAUUGUAUUUCCCGUUAAAGAGUUUAAUGUUUACAACAAGAAAAGAGAUGCUUGUCAUGAGUGUGUCGUUUGACUAUUUGUCUUGUUAAAGUUUUUUUAUUACAGCAUCUUUUGCUUCCAUGUACAGGAUUUCUAGGCUAAUUUAUUCAGUGAAUAAAGUUAAUCCAGUCGUA